UUGCAAUUGGCCUGUAUUUGUAAUCUUACAAACAAACGACAACUUUCUAAAAACAGCUGUUAGAUUUUAUUCUCGGUCUAUUUUCACUUGCAGAUUUGAAUUCACUGUAAACAUUAUUUCUUUUAUGCAUGUUAACUUUCAUUGCUGUGAGCCAGUUUUAUUCUUCUUUUAAUUAAUUUGAUCAAUUUAAAUUGUGACUAUUCCUGCUGUCAUGGCCUUAACAGAGGAGCAGAAGAAAAGGAUUGAACAAAAUAGACUGGAAGCUUUGAGAAAAAGAGCUGAAAAGGAGAAGAUUCGAGCUCAAGCUCAAGCUAAUGCUGGUACUGUUGCUAGUUCUGGUUCUAGGUCUGCUGCUAGUUCUGGGCCUGGUCCAAAACAAGCUCCAAGUGCUUCUUUUGUGAAUAAACCUGUGCAAGUUCCAACUGUUAAACCAACUGUUCCAAGUGUGCCUGUUCGUGUUGCCGUUAAAUUUAUUUUAAAAUCAAAAGAUAGAUUCGAAAUGAGUUUCCCAUACAAUCCUGUGAUAGUAGAAGUUUGUCGUGCAAUUCCUGGCUCCAAUUUCGAUUCCAAAACCCGCAAUUGGCAUUUUGAACUACAACAUUAUCGUAAUUUGCUGUCAAACCUUACAAAAUUGAAACAAACCAAUAACAUCGAAUUGGAUCUACUUCAAGGAAUACCAGAAUUCGUUAUCCAAGCUUUACUAAAAGAAACAAAAAGACCUAAAUCUACCAUAGACUUGUCAGCAGUUUUACCCAAAAGGUUGUUUGAAGCCCUUUAUCCUUUCCAAAAAGAUGGUGUGGCAUUUGCUAUUAGUCGUAAUGGAAGAUGUCUCAUUGGUGAUGACAUGGGUCUUGGUAAAACUAUUCAAGCUAUUGCUAUUUCAUAUUAUUUUCGUGAUGAUUGGCCAUUACUCAUCGUCUGUCCUUCCUCAUUAAGAUUUCAAUGGAAAAGAUCGAUCGGUGAAUGGCUUGAUUGUGUUCGAGAAGAUAUUGACAUUGAUGUAGUUGUUGAUGGACGUAAAGAUAUUCCUGUCAAUAGAAUAGUAAUUAUCAGCUACGAUCUUCUUCUCAGAGUUAAGCCUGAUACUGCCAAUUCUUUCAAAUCAAUAAUUCUCGAUGAAAGUCAUUUCAUUAAAAACGAUGCUGCUCAAAGGACUAAAACGGCACUCAAGCUUAUAAAAGCUUGUAAAAGAGUUUUACUACUCUCAGGAACUCCUGCUUUAUCUCGACCAAUGGAAUUAUUUACACAACUUCAAGCAGUAGAUCCGAAAACAUUUGCUAAGAAACAUGAUUUUGGCAUGAGAUAUUGUGAUGGCAAAGCGACUCAAUGGGGAUAUGACUAUAGAGGAACGAGCAAUCCAGAUGAGCUAAGAAUCUUAUUAGAGACAACUAUUAUGAUUAGGAGGUUAAAAGUUGAUGUUUUACAAGAACUGCCACCGAAAAGAAGAGCAGUUGUAAUGUUGGAUAUUACUUUACCACAAAAAGCAAAACAGUUAAUGGCUUCAUUUAAAAGCCAAGUUCAAGCUACAACUGUGGAAGAACUUAACCGUCCUGAGCAACGUAACAUUGUUUUCCAAUGGUAUUCUUCUACCGCUGAAGUUAAAAAGGAACCAGUAUGUAAAUAUGUUUGUGAGCUGGUAGAACAAGACAAAAAAUUCAUUUGUUUUGCUCAUCAUAAAGUAAUGCUUGAUUCAAUCUGUAGCGUUUUGGAGGAACAAAGAGUGAGUUAUAUUCGUAUUGAUGGUAGUACACCUUCCGAGUGUAGGCAAGAAUGCUGUGAUUAUUUUCAAAAUCAAGAAAAGUGUAAAGUAGCUGUUAUUGGUAUUACCUCGGCUGGUAUGGGAAUCACCUUAACUGCUGCCCAACUAGUAGUUUUUGCCGAACUUUAUUUCAAUCCAGGAGUUCUUACUCAAGCAGAAGAUCGAGCUCACAGGAUAGGACAAAAAGAUUCCGUUUUGAUUCAAUAUCUAAUUGCGCCUGCUACUGUUGAUGACCACAUUUGGCCACUAAUUAAUCAAAAAUUCAAAGUCCUCAAUAAGGUCGGUCUGACUAAGGAUAACUUCAGUGAAGCCAAUUUAGCCCGUAAAGCAGCUAAAAAGUCUUUCUAUGGGAAAAUUGACAAAUUUUUGUCUAAAAGACCAAGAGAUGAUGAAAGUGACAAUCGCGAAGCUGGUGAUUUUGAUUUUGAAUCAGCUCAAGCCUCUCAAGACCCGGUUACUUCUGAAGAUAGUUUUCUAAUGGAACGAGAAGAAACAUUACUCACAGAUGAUGAAGAAUUUAAAUUCAACGAAGAUGAUGAUGAUCUUUUAAUCGAUGAUUUUAACCUCAAGCUGAAUGAUUCUAUUGCUAAUGUACCAAGUGAUCCUAAUUUUGAUCUAAAUGAAAACGACUUUUUGUCGGAUGAUGAAUAAAAUAAUACAGAAAAGAAAUAUUGUAAAUCUCAUGUCCAUCAUCCUUCCAACAUUUCUUAUUGUAUCACAUUGUAAAUUGCAUGGACUGAAAAAUAUAUUUAUACAUAACUUUUGCUACUUUACUGACUCUUGUCAAUUUUUGUUUCCAUGCAAUUCAUCAUCUUUUUUUAGUUUUUCAGUAAACAAUUCUUUAAAUAAACAACCGUUGAAAUAUUUAA